AUGUUCGCUCUGGGAGUCCUCUCCGAGAUCGAAGGAGUCGAGGAAGUGAAGCUCGUUGGACUACCGCUAUGGUUCACUCGGUGUCUCUCGCUGCAGAUGGCUGACCAAGGAGGCACAGUGUCAGAACUGACAUGGCCUACCAAGACUGUCAAGCGACAGCAAGACGAAUAUCACAAGCCGAAGAAGGUAGAGACCACGUCACGCAAGUACUGGCAACCCAUGCUGAUUGAAGACAAUGCGCACAGCGCAACAAUAUUGAGCUUUCCCAGACUAGGAUUGAUCACUGUUUCCCAGCGCCAGAGGAGAUUUUCCGGAGAAAGUCUUACCAAUAUCGACUAA